UGAACAAUUGCUGUUCAUUUGAGUGGAGGGUGAGCGAUCAAUGCGAUGCUCGAACGUCUUGGUGCCAGCAGUCUUCCUUCUCGACUCACUCUCCUUUCUGUUACUCGUGUUCGAUGAGAGCAAUGGCAUUGCUGGGUAGCAUGUUGCCGAAUCAUCGAGACGUGGGGAGUAGUGGGGGGAGGAGUGUAUGCGCGAAUGCCAAUGCCCCGACAUUUGGUCAUGUGCUUUUCCGUGACCACUCUUGCACAAUCGCUUGGACUCUUCGCCUAUUGGAGCGAGCGAGUGUGUGGGAAAAUAACCCUUCCGUAGCUAUCAUCGUCUCCCCGCCGCGUUAUCUGUUUGCCAAAACACCGACUCCAAUCAAUCCGCCUCCGACACGCCCCCAAGUAGCCUCGGAGGACCCAGACGAACGAGUCGGCGGCGCUUCCAACAAGGGCAGCGAGCGAGAAGGGCAAGACUUCCUUGGAUGUUCCAUCGAGCUUCUCUGGCGUGUGCGUACGUGGGUGGGUGGGUGUGGAUUGACGCUCCUCUGGGUGCUCCCCUGUCGGUCGUAGA